ACGUCGCGUAAAUGAGUGGAUAUGGUGUCCAAGGAAGAGUCCUGCCUUUAAUAUGGAUAAUAUGUCGCUUCAGAUACGUAUGUGACAAGACCGGACGCAGAUGUAUAUCUAUACUGGUUCCAAGCAAACUCUUCUCUUGUAAAAGGCGUCGGCAGGAUUUUUUUACAAGCUGUGUUUUCUAGCAGAACUCUUAAAAGAGCUUUAAAAACGGCAGCAAAGGUCAGAUCAGCUUAUAGUUGUAUCCAUGUGCAUUUCUUAACUGGAAGUUUUAACGUCUCUUGACUUCCCUAGCAGUAGCUGCUGAUGUAGAUGUGAAGACAGUCUUCCUGCAUAAGUUUAAGCUGUAAUCCUACAGAAUUGCAUUCUACCUGCAAACAAAACCCGGUCUAUUAUUGAUCCUUCCGAUAAGACAACUUGCGUUGGUUAGUAUAAAGUGCAUCAACAGCAAACUAGACAUCUCAGUCUAAAGCAUGGUUGCUCGAUGCUAAGGAGGAUGCUUAUACAGCACAACCUGCUGACCGAUGUUAUGUAGCUAACAACUGGAUGGCGCCUUCCAUUGAGUUUCAAUAUGAUAUAUUAUAAUAUUUCGGCGUGAUUGGAGGCUCGUGAUCUUUCAGUAGGAGCGGAGAGAGGGAAUUCAGUAUGUGCUUACGGUAACUGUGUCAUCGUGCUAUCGGUCGCCAUCACUGCUUAUCAUUUGUGGGGCAUAUAGUUUUAAAGAACCCGUGAGUGAUCGACUAAACUGUUGUGCAAUGGCGGGUGGUGUGUUGUCCCGGGGUCAGCUGCUGUCUGCAUCCUCCAACUCUUCACCCACUGAUGCUGAUACCCGGCGCUGCUCCAACGGGGACUUCAUGGAAUCCUUUGGCAUCUUCCUGCAGGGCCUGCUGGGAGUGGUGGCCUUCAGCACCCUAAUGUUGAAACGCUUCAGGGAGCCCAAACACGAACGGAGACCCUGGAGAAUCUGGUUUCUGGACACCUCCAAACAGGCCAUAGGGAUGCUGUUCAUUCACUUUGCCAAUGUCUACCUGUCUGACCUCGCAGAGGAGGACCCAUGUUCACUAUACCUCAUUAAUUUCCUAUUGGAUGCGACACUGGGCAUGCUGGUAAUCUAUGGUGGCAUAAAAGCUGUUAAUGCUGUGGUUGAAUGGAGACAGUGGGACUCAUUACGUUUUGGAGAGUAUGGCGAGCCAGUACAGUGCAGUGCCUGGGCAGGUCAGUGUGCUCUCUAUAUACUCAUCAUGAUGUUUGAGAAGGUCAUGAUCAUGCUGGUCCUCCUCAUCCCACAGUGGAAGAAGCUGUCUACACUCAACCCCAUUACAAACCCUCGUCUGGAGCUAGCCAUCGUCAUGCUAAUUGUUCCAUUUUUCGUGAACGCUCUGAUGUUCUGGGUAGUAGAUAACUUCCUAAUGAAGAAGGGUAGAACAAAAGCCAAACUUGAGGAGAGGGAGGCAGUAGAUGAUCCCCGCGGCAAGAGCAAAGUGCGCUACAGACGGGCCCUGUCACACGAUGACUCUGAAUCAGAGAUCCUGUUCUCUGCAGAUGACGAAAUGGAGGAUUCAGAUGGUGACGACGAUAUAAGAAGAAUCACAGGGCUCAAGCCUGUUAAGAAAAAGAAACACCGUCUUGGUAUCCCAGUCUGAGUUGCAAUGUAGACUUGAGGUCUUCCUCACUCCCAUGACCCCACCUCAUUAACCUGAGCUUUACACCUGGACAUGGAUCAGCAACUGGUGGGCAUAAUGUGUAUAAACUCCUAACAAGUGGCAUUGAGAGCAAUUUCACUUAAUAAAAGGACUAGGCUCUAGUCGGUCUACAAACACUGCAUUUCCACCCAUGCAUACACAUGAGAGGUGCCUCCUACUAUUCUGAGACAUCUACCAGUACCAGAACAAUUUUUGUUAACAUUGAGUUAUGUUGACGGUGACAAGGAUUUUGGGACCACAUAGUUUUUUUUCAGUCGGUCCGAUUUUUGCACAUUCACGAUCGCCUCACAUUGACCUCUGAUGUACAACAGUGGGAGAUCUUGGCUACAACUCCACUAUGCAUUACUCCAGCCUUUAAACUGAGAAACUCUGAAUUUUAACUUUUCAGUAUGGUUUAUUCUAUAUGUCCAUCACACUUUACAAAUAACACAGACUUUCUUCUGAGAUAAUUACUUAACCAUAUGUAUGUGACCGUGAUGCUGAAAUAGCCAAACUAGUUAAGGUUGCUUAUAGCCAGUUCCAAAUCACUUUUGCUAGUGUAGCUUUGGAGAAGAAUUGUUUUGGUAAUUGUGCCGAUAAAUAUUAAGGAAUAAAUUUGCCAACAGCAUCAUAAUCUGUAAUGGCAUGCUUGUCAGAUUGUUUGGUUUUUAAAAGUAUAUCUGCCCCAAAGUUCAGUGUGUGACUGUUUUUCUGCCACAAAGUGUGUUUUUUUCCUUGCGUAUUUAUUUGUUGUUUUGUUACGUCUGUGUGGGUGUCUUUUGUUUCGUCUGUGUGGGAGUCUUUUGUUUCCUCAUGUUUUGCUACUCAUUACAGAGUAGAUGCUUUGGUGCAGGAUGCUUCAUUAAUCUCUUGCACAGUUCUUUGUGUCAUUUUGUGUGCAGUUUUGUACGUCUUAAAAAUACAACAAUUCAGACACUGUCAAACACUAAUCUAGAGGCUAUUUGUUCUUUGUCCCUACACACAGAUAGUUACAAAGUGAUGCCUUUUUUCCGUGUACUGCAGAAUUCUUAUUGUUUGUAUUACUUAUUUUGAAGAAUGUGAUAUGGUGAAAAUGUCUGUAGGUUUUAAUUCUUGGUUUAGGAUGUUUUACAGAUAACUUACUUUACACAUUCAGCCCAGAGUGGCAGUGAGAACUGCAAGUCUUUUAUUGUUUCAACAAGUUAACUGACAAUAAUGGACCAAGAUUGUGUGAGUGACCGUAAUAUGUUUGCUUGUCUGUGCAUUUUUAAAGGAUUAAUUUGAACCCAGGCUUUGUGAUUAGGCCUGUUGGAUGAACAUGGUUACUGAUGAGGAUCUUGUCUUGAUGGAAUUGUAACUGCCUUUUCCUCUCCGGGUUGACUCUGACUAUUAUUACUGCGCAAUCUUUGUUAGAGUUGCUGGUGAGAGAAAGAACCAAAUAUAAAAACGGAGAAGGGUUAUAAGUUCUAAACUGUAUUAGAUGAUUACAAUUACUGACAAAGAACGAUCUUGCAUUAUUAUGUAUGCUUUUUUCAAUAAACUGUCAAAAAAAUAGGUGUGUCUCAGUCUGUUUUUGUGUGUCCUAUGUAUAAUUCUGUAACAUAUCUUCUAUGCCUAUUUUCUCUUUUUUAAAAAUUAAUUUUGACAUUGCAAAAAGGAUGUUUCCUGAAUAGAACACAAGCCACGGCAGUGAGAACACUGAAUCCUAACCACUGG